AAAACGAGGAGAAAUUCUUCAAUCGUUGAGAUGACUGGUAUGUAUAUCUCGUUGCGGCCGAAUCAUGCCGCUCCGCACCCGAUUAGUUGGACAUUUAGUGCCAUACAUCGUUUGCUUUUUCCUACUUUUGCCACUUUUGAAUGAAAGUCAAAUGUUGCAAGCACCAAGAACCAUUUUCGAUGACUUAUUCGAAAUAAAUGAAGAGAAAGAAAUAGCAGAAGAAUCCUUCCAAGAAGAAUUGGAAGAGGAAUCUUCAACGAACGAGGAUGAUGAAGACGAGAAUGAGAAUUCUGGACUCCCUAUCUAUCUCAUGAGCGAAUAUUUAGAUCUUCUACCGAGCGAACAAUUCGUAUUAUACAAAAUAUUUGUGGCAAACUUAGAUAGAAAUCUUUCUACUCUAACAUUAGACGAUUAUGUGGGAUAAACGUGCGUCAGAAAUGUAGCAGACUAUUUUGGAAUUGCACGAAAUGCACAGUUACAGAUAAAUUAUUUUCAUUUCAAAAUGUUAUUUAUGGUCAUAUGUUGUAUAAAUGAGUUAUAUUUAAA